GGGCUUGGUUUGUUGACAGGAAGUGUGACUGUGCGUUUGAAAAGCUCGAAGCGUAAAGUAAAACUAGGUUACGGUUCCUCAGUUAGCGCUUCGAUACGUCGGAAUAAUCAACAACGUCAACGUGAAUUAUGAUGUUGACAGCAACCGUCAAGCAAAGAUGCAAUGGAGGUCAAUAGUAGUGGGUCUUCUUGUGCUCCGUGUGGCCCUGAACUGCAUCCUGUGGCUCGCUUUCGGACUCGGACCCAGCUGGGGCUUCAACUUCCCGCUCCAGUUCAGCUUCAACCUGCACAAACACACAGAACCUCCGACAGACGGAGACCAGAGGGUCAACAGCUGGUCACAGCGUGUGUACGACAACAACAAGGACCAUCCAGUAGGAACCUGCUCAAAGAUCAACCAUAACACGCCAAAGAAAUCUUACCUCAGCGUCUUUAAAGCCAGUAUAGACGACUAUGAUAGAAAGUACGGCUCUUUUCCUGACGCCCUCAGGAUUAAAAUGAAGGGAAUGGCCAGGGACAUGUUCUACUUCGGCUAUGACAACUACAUGAAAUACGCUUUUCCUGAAGAUGAGCUAAACCCCAUCGACUGUGAGGGCAGAGGACCUGAUGUACUAAACCCGUCGAACAUCAACAUCAAUGACGUGCUUGGCAACUACUCCCUGACACUAAUUGACACUCUUGAUACUCUACUGGUGCUGGGGAAUGUGUCAGAGUUUCAUCGUGCUGUCAAACUGGUUAUAAACACUGUCAGUUUUGACAAGGAUUCCACAGUACAAGUGUUUGAGGCCAACAUCAGAAUCCUGGGCAGCCUAAUCUCUGCUCACAUUCUCCUGACCGAUUCCCGGCACCCGUUUGGAGACGCGGGGCUUGAAGAUUACGACAAUGAGCUCCUGCAUAUGGCCCAUGACCUGGCGGUGCGGCUGCUACCCGCGUUUGAGAACACCAGCACCGGCAUCCCCUACCCCAGGGUGAAUCUGAAAAGUGGCGUGCCUCCUGACAGCAUAAACGAGACGUGCACAGCAGGAGCGGGCUCUCUUCUGGUCGAGUUUGGCAUCUUAAGCCGACUGCUUGGAGACUCAACGUUUGAGUGGGUGGCAAGGAGGGCUGUCAGAGCUCUAUGGAAUCUGAGAAGCAACCAAACGGGGCUGCUGGGGAAUGUAGUAAACAUCCAGACGGGUCAGUGGGUUGGGAAACAAAGUGGCCUGGGUGCAGGCAUGGACUCUUUCUAUGAAUACCUGCUGAAGUCUUACAUUCUCUUUGGAGAAAAAGAAGACUACAAGAUGUUCAUGGCUGCUUAUGACAGCAUUCAGAGCCAUCUGAGGAGAGGGAGAGAGGCUUGUAAUGAAGGAGAAGGCGACCCUCCACUUUACGUAAACGUGAACAUGUUUAACGGACAGAUCAUGAACACAUGGAUCGACUCUCUCCAGGCAUUUUUUCCCGGUCUGCAGGUUUUAAAUGGAGAUGUGGAAAACGCCAUUUGUCUCCAUGCCUUCUACUAUGCAAUCUGGAGGCGUUUCGGGGCAUUGCCAGAAAGAUACAACUGGCAGCUGCAGGCUCCAGAUGUGCUCUUUUACCCUUUAAGACCUGAGCUAGUUGAAUCUACAUACUUGUUAUAUCAGGCCACCAAGAAUCCUUUCUAUUUACAUGUCGGCAUGGACAUACUUGAGAGCCUUGAAAAGAAUACCAAAGUCAAAUGUGGCUAUGCCACACUCCAUCAUGUUGUAGACAAGUCCAAGGAGGAUCGUAUGGAGAGUUUCUUUCUCAGUGAGACCUGCAAAUACUUGUACCUGCUCUUUGAUGAAGACAACCCUCUGCACAAGUCUGGGAGCAAAUAUAUUUUCACAACAGAAGGCCACGUAGUGCCCAUAGACCCACGUUUUAGACAGAAAAAGUGGGAAGAACAUGUCUCCAAGUUCACCAAGGAACCUCCAGCCAACAUCAGCAAUUGCGAGAGGAUCCCUGAGGAGCGGCGCUACGGUCUUCCUCUGAAGAGCGUGUACAUGAGACAGAUUGACCACAUGGUUGGACUUUCAUGACCUUAUCAGUUGAGGUUUAAUACAAAGUCUCAACUCUCUGGAGAGGUUUAGAAGUGUUGGCUGUCCAAACUGAGAAAUUGUUGUUAUUAUUAUCAUUAUUUUGUGUUUUUGUUUUUGUUUUUUUUUUGCACAAGAACCUCAUAGGAUGCAUUUAACAUCUCAGUGGUCUAGCACCUUUGUUCUGAUUUGUUAGUCUGGAUCAACACUGUAUUCAGUGCAAAGAAUCUUUUACAAGGAAACACUUCAGGGGACGUGACACAAAUCCGUACAGUUCCUCAAUGAUUUUAACAUUGUUAAUAGUGAAUUGAGACUGCAUUCCACUCUUUUAAUAUACUUUUGUCAACUUCACUCUUACCAGUUCCCAAUCUGUCACUGUUUUAAAGGUCAUUCCAGUAGUUUGUCUCAAGUGAAAUUUGAUAACGAAUGCCGUGGCAGUCUGAGGGAUCAGAGUAGGGGAAUGUAGUAGCCUAGUGGUUAAGGUGUUGGGCUACCAAUCGGAAGGUUGUGAGUUUGUAUUUUAGGUCCACAAAGCUAGCAAGCAAGGCUCUUAACCCUUAAUUGCUCAGUUGUUUAAAAUGAGCUAAAAAUGUAAGUCGCGCUGGAUAAGAGCGUCUGCUAAAAGGCCAUAAAGGUAAUUGUAGUAGACUUCAUCUCACCCAUUUUUUUUCUUUUCAAACUUAUACACAUAGCCCAUCAAUCUUGUUCCAAAGGUAUUAGAAUUUUUACAUCGAUCUGUAAGAAGCUCAUCGUGCGAUGCAGGUUAGGCACGUCUGACUCGUGAGGGGAGGCCUCUGAGAACGUGCUUAAGAACCUUAUUCAUAGACAACGUAGCUCUGUAAGAUUGUUUUCAGCAUUUGAUUUUAUGUCUUUCUUCAGGGUCUGACUGGUGCUCUAAGAGUAGCAGUGUUCUUACUCCAUGAUUUAUAACCAGUAUUUCAGUGCCAAAUUUUAUCCCAUGCGACGGACCCUUGACAGUUUUGUGGUAUUUUGUUGAGCUUCCUUGUGAGUAGCUGGUCUUAGCUUGAGCUUCCGGUUCAGAUGUUCUGACAAACUUGUACCGUGUGCCUUCCAGAAACAUGCAGCAAAUAAAACUGUUUACAGGAUCUUUGUUCACUUAGCAAUACCUUGUUAUUCUGUGCUUUUGCUGAUGAAUCUUACAGUAGCUUGCAUUCUGUUGCAGUGCCACAUCAUAGACAUGAUGGUUUUUUCCCCUCACUGUAGUCAAUCUUUUAACUUUAUCCCCACAUUAGAUUUUCUUUGCACUGCGGCUGGUAAUUUAGUGACAAUAUUUUGUUGUAUCAUUAUUAUUAUUAUCCUUUUUUUCCUCUUUCAUUUUUUUAAUCCAAAGUCUCAUAUUUAUGAUGACGGAAUAGCCACACUAUGGCGCAAGCGUGUGCCUUAUACAGCUCUGCAUAGUCCUCAGGAUCAACUGUGUUUUUUUUUUUGUUUUGUUUUUUUUUCCUCCAUGAAGUAUUCAUACAGUAAUAUUUGGUAUGAAAGGCUGACAUGAAUUCUGUGCGUAAGAUGACUAACAUAGAAAUCAUGGGAUAACUAGCAAGGUAUUUGUAAAGAUUUCAAUGUUUGUACUGAGGUGUGAUUUCAGAGCAAAAGCCAUAAAACAGGAUUUUGUGUUUUCUUCGGGGCUCUCGAUCAAAAUAUUCUCAGAGAACAACUUUUCUAAUGUUCUCUGUUGUUGAUGGACUUUUAUCUUGAUUGAUUUUACUUAAUGGUUGGUUUCAUUGUCAUGAUUCCAUGACCAUCACUGAAUAAUGUGAUGGAUUAUAUAUGUGAAAAUUAAUGUGUGAUGUUUCAAAAGGAGUUGAUUAAAUGUGCAAUGAGACAUUUUAAGGACUUUAAGAGUUCCUGAAACUGAAAUGACACUGAGUGUUAUUCAUUACUAAAACGUCAUUAAUUUGAGAAACUAUUGAACAAUGCUUAUGUCGUGUAUUACAUACAGUCUGACAGACUGAAACAAUUACACAUAUAUUUCUUUUUUCUUGUUCUGGUAUUGCAAAUUAAUCAGAUCACCUUUUGAUGAAUCAUCUCUAUCCUGAUGGAAGUGACCUCAUCCACAAUGAUAAUGUCCUCAUCUACAUGGCACGAGGGCUUUCUGAACGGUGUAAUGAGUAUGAAAAUGAAGUAACUUGCACGCUAGGGUGUUUACAGUCACCAGACCUUAAGCCAGUGGAAGCACAUCCCCUGAUCACUGCUGAAAGGAAGAUUUUGGAAUGAAAUGUUAGUGAAGAGGGAAUAUCAUUGUGUUCAUCCAUCCAGUACAGAUCCAGUGACUUGCAGGAUCUACUCUGAUGGAGGCCCAAUCGUCAUUUUAUGUCGGGUUUUGCCUUUAAUAUGUCAAAUGUCUGUUGAUUAAAGAACCAGGAAUUCAGUUUUGCUGGAAUUGAAUGACAACUUUUAAAAACUUCAAUUAAAGGUUUCAAAAUGUGAUUUGGUUUAAUUGUAAUUAACGGUUGCUUUUCUUGAACCAAACGUUUUUUGGUUGUUUUUUGUUUUCUCAUGUUAUUCAUGAGACUCAGGGAAAUGUUGUGUUGGUCUGCUUAUAACACAAUUGUAGCAAAAUAAACAUAUCAUUUCUGUACAUA